UCCCUAGGCAGAGCCCUUCGCUUCCCCAGGGCCACCUUAAAAAAGCCCUUCUGCUGGGGGGGGGCAGAUGGGGGGCAUACUCUGAAAGAGCCAAGGAGGGGCAGGCGGUGGGCUAAGCCCCAUCCUGGACGAUUGUUGCCUGGCUGGAGAAGCAGCGGGGACCAACAUCUUUGGGGCUUUCUAGCUCAGAAGCCAUCCCCGUGGCCGGCCUUUUCCUCCCCUGCUUCCUUCCCCACCAUCCACCUGCCACUUCCUCCCUUUUCCGCCUUCCAAGAUGCUCCUUGCUUUCAUCCUCCUGCACAGCUUUUACCAAACUUUGGCAGCAAAAGGAGGUGCCCACUGGUCCUAUGACGGGCCUAUUCAUGGAGUUGGGCCAGUUUCAGAAAGAAGAAAGCCGGCUUGCCUUCUCACAGCCCUUUUUGAGGAAAAGACGGCCUUUUUAUUAGCAGAACUGGUGCCAACGGUUGGCAGCUCGCUGCAAGACGCUCAAAGGGUGGCCCCAUUUCAGCGUCAACCUUUUUGUCAGUCUUUUGCACUAGAAAGCUGAGGUUAAAAAAUCUCUCUGAAAGCCCAUAGUCAGGAGACAUGGCCAGAAGCUUAUCCGGAUUGUGGUUUGAAGGCCCAGUCCCCCAUUGAUAUCCAGAUGGGCUCGGUCCAGUAUGACCCUUCCCUGCCUCCCAUUGAACCAGAGGGAUACCGGAACCCUGGAAGUGACCCCUUUGCCCUUACAAACAAUGGGCACACAGUGCAGAUGUCCCUGGCUGAAGGCAUGAAUCUCCAUGGCCUUCCCAACAUCUACACGGCUGUUCAGCUGCACUUCCAUUGGGGCAGCAAGGGGUCCUCUGGAGGGUCGGAGCACUUGAUCGAUGGCCAGGCCUUCCCGGGAGAGCUUCAUGUUGUUCAUUUCAACUCAGAGAAAUAUGCUAAUGUGAGUGAGGCAAUGCACCAUCCGGAUGGAUUGGCCGUGCUGGGCAUCUUCCUGGAGGUGGGCAAGAUGGAGAACCCUGCCUACAACAACAUCUUCAACCAGGUGGACAAGAUCCAGUAUGCAGGCGAAGAAGACACCGUCUCGCCCUUCAACAUCCGCAACCUGCUCCCGGAACAUUUGGGUCACUAUUUCCGCUACAACGGAUCGCUGACAACUCCUCCCUGCUACCAGAGUGUGCUGUGGACUGUCUUCCACCAGCCGGUCCAGAUCUCCGCUGCCCAGAUAGAGAAGUUGCAGAAAAGUGUUUACUCUUCAAAAGCCGGCUCAAGUACUCCACAGUCCUUAGUGGAUACCUUCCGGCACCCACAAUUAUUGAACGGCAGAGUGGUCUUCUCUUCAUUCCCAGCCGGGCCUUCUGGAUACUCUGCAGGUGAGAUCGUCGCCAUAGUUUUCGGGGUGCUCAUGGGCUGCGCCGCCCUCUUCCUCACCGGAUGGAUUGUGGCGAAGCGAACACGGGCAAGAAGCAUGCAGGAUCAGAAAGGAGUCGUCUUUACCUCCUCUUCACGGCGUGCCGUUUGAGACCCGCAGAUGCAACCUAGCUCAAUUCUCCAAAUCCUUCUCCAUACCUUCCUGACUCUGACAGAAGAGUCUAAAGACUUUGUUUGGUUUUUUGCAGGGGGGGCGCGGGUGGGUGGGUAGGGCAGGCAGGAUGAUGGGAACCAGAGACUGUGGUAGGAACCCAUCAGAUCAGCCAGGAUGCUCCUUCCUGCCUCUGUGAAGAAAUGGCAAAUAGAAACUCUCUGCUUUGUGGAAACAUAUUCAAAAAACCACAGCCUCUGUUGCAGGGUUGGAACUUGAUUCCAUGUUCUCGUUCUCUCUCUCUCUUUCUCCCCCACCGUGAGGGCCAGUUAGCAGAGGACGUGCGUGCAUACACAACACACACACACAGCCCUUGGUGGCAACUUGAACGGAUGGGAGCAGCUGUGUUCAUUCCACCACUGUACAAAUAAAAGUUUUUUCUUGCCCCAA